UCUGCAUCUCACAGAGAGAGGGAGGAAAGACUAUGGGAGAAUUGCAGUGAUUGUGUUCUUGUAGCCUGCAAAAGGGUGGUGUUUGGAUUUAUUGCCUGGGUAUGCACACAGGAGUGUUACUGCCUGCAACAUCAAACCUUUUUGCUAGAGGUGAAGCAGGAAGGCGCAGUGCAGGGGAAAGGAUGUUGGAAACGCAGUAUAGCUGAACCCAUGGAAAAUGGGAGCUGGGAGAAGUGGGUCCUCCUUCACCCUUUCAGGUUUCACUGGGCAAGGUUCUGCUUAAAUUUGGAAAAGCAAAGUCAAAACUGCAGAACCAUAGCUUUGGAAAAAUAGGCAGUUUUGAGCUUUGAAAGGAGAGUGGACAGAGGGGGCUCCGCUUUUGGAGAUAAAGUGUUCUAACAGUUGUAAGGAUUUGCAAUGGUAAUCAAAUCUGGUAAUGCAGCUCCUGUGCCCAGUUAAACUAGAUUGUGGGUUUUUUGGUGUUGAAGUGAAAGGAACUUCUCCAAGCUAAAACUUUGAGCUUUAGGUAUUCUUAGGACUUCAAUAAAAUGCUAUGUAAUUGCUGUAUUUGCUCAAGUGGAAAAUGUAGUAAAACUAUUUAAUGAAGUCUUCAGCUGUUCCAUCCUUCACCCAAUCAAUCGGCAACUGCACGGUGAAACAAAGUUCAUGCGCUUGUGGUGGGAACCCAAGGAGAGCUGUGCCUUUCAAAUGCCUCCUCGCAUAGCUGGGCUUUCAAAGCUGAAUGUGCAGAAAAGCCAGUUACUUAAUGUACAGAGUGGAGCUGGCAAGGAAUGGAAAAAAUAGGUAACCUUGCAGAAAAUACUUUAGCAGUCUUUCCCUCUGAACCUAAAUGAAAUAGCAGCUCGAGUAUGGGGAUGUCCAUUUGUUUUGCUUUAUUUUGUAUUAAAGGGUUCUUUUGUAUCUAAGGCAACAUGAGCAGAAACCUUAUGGGGCACAUUUUUAAGAGGAGUGUUUCGGUGUGUAAAUUUAAUCAUCUUGCGUUGGGUUUGUUUGACUAUGCAUAUGUUCUUUGCAGGCACAAAUUUGUUAGGCCUGCACAUAUGGUUCAUAAAAUACUUGGGUUCUAUUAAUACAUCAGUGUUCAUUACUUGAGAUUUUGCAGAAAACCCUUAAGUAUGUAUAUUUUACCAGAAAUCUCUUGUUUUGGUUUAAAACUUGUGUAAAACCAGAGCACGCUGAAUAUUCACUUUGAGUUAGUAUUAGUUUUACUUACUUCGUUCACAUUAUCUGCUUAGGAAUAUUCUUUUUCUUAUUGCCAUCUUUCAGAGUACAUGAUAAAAGAAUUGCCAGUAGUUUAAUUUCAUUUCAACACUGAUAAGUAUACAAAACCACAUGUGUGUUCAUGAAUGAUAAGCACUUGAGUGUUUCUGGAAAACAGUUUGGGAAAAUAAUGUGUAGAAAAUAGUAUUUCAGUUGCAGGAAGUGAAGUGUUUGUGGAUGAAAGAUAUGCCAAUAUUUGGUCUUUGCCCGGCUCAUGAUGAUUUCUAUUUGGUGAUGUGUAACCACUGUAAUCAGGUCGUAAAACCACAGGCAUUUCAAUCACAUUAUGAAAGAAGACACAGCUCCUCCAGCAAGCCACCUUUGACUCCUCCCUCCUCUUCAGUAUUUUCCCUCAUUUCAUCCUUCCCUUCAAAAAACAAAGGUAGCUGUGGAAGUGGGAGCAAUCGUUCAUCCAGUGGAGGUACUAGUGCAUCAUCAUCAAAUUCCAAGGUGUUGAAAUCGCCCAAAGACAAGCUGCAGAUGAGCGGAAACAACAGGUUAAUGCAUUCGGUACAGCAUAGCAAAGUUCCCCAUGAUAAAAUUAUGACUCCAUCUGUCAAAGUGGAAAAGAUUCAUCCAAAGAUAGAUGGUGCCCAACUGAAAGCUGCUGUUGGUCCAACUUGUUCUACUACUGUGAGUUCCUCAAUAAAGACUGGCCUUAAUUGUCCCUCAAUACCAAAGCCACCCUUGCCUUCCCCUGGACAGAUACUGAAUGGUAAAGGUCUUCUCUCUGUGCCUCCGUUUUUGGAAAAGAAACCUGAAGAAAAUACAAAUAAUAGGAAAUUUUUACAUAAAAGAUUGUCAGAGAGAGAAUUUGAUCCUGAUAUAUACUGUGGUGUCAUAGAUGUGGAAACCAGGAAACCUUGUACUAGGUCUUUGACAUGCAAGACACAUUCCUUAACCCAGCGGAGGGCUGUACAGGGUCGAAGAAAACGAUUUGAUGUGUUAUUAGCUGAGCACAAAAGCAAAACCAGGGAAAAGGAACUUCUUCGACAUUCGGAUCAUCAUCAGCAGAUGCCCCCUCUCAGGGAACCACAUCCCUCACCUACUAAAACUUCCCAGGAGCUGCACCAAAAUUCUCAUGGAGUUACUCUUACAGAAUCAAAGCCUUUAUUACCUAACAAACCCAAACCUCACCCCCCCAGUCUUCCAAGGCUUCCAGGCUGUCCAGCCCAGCACAGUGGAAAUGCCCCUAGUGAGUCUCCUUCUGUCCACGAGUCCCCGCACCCUCCCUUGCCUGCAGCUGAGCCAGCAUCUCGGUUAUCCAGUGAUGAGGGCGAAUGUGAUGAAAAAGAAGAGCCUGUUGAAAAACUGGAUUGUCAUUUUUCAGGUCAUCAUCCUCAACCAGCUGCUUUUUGCACAUUUGGUAGUCAGCAGAUUGGAAGAGGUUAUUACGUGUUUGACAAGCGGUGGAACCAUAUUCGAUGUGCACUUGACUUCAUGUUGGAGAAGCAUAUUAAUUCACAGAUGUGGAAGAAAAUUCCUCCAGCAUCCAGUAACACAGCAUCAGUUCGUGCACCUCAUCGGACAAACUCGAUGCCUGCUUCGCAGUACGGUGUCAGUGCAGCAGGUUUCCUCUUACCCACCACAGUUAUGUCAUCGCCAGCGUUGGUAUCUCCUUCCUGCGUGUCUCUGAAUAAUAAAUCAGUACCAUCACAUGGAACGACACUAAAUGCCAAUCCUGCUACUUUGGGUGCAGUGGAUCCUGUCUGCAGUAUGCAAUCAAGACAAGUGUCUUCAUCCCCUUCAACACCUACAGUGCUUUCCUCUGUACCUUCACCUAUGCCCAGCAAACCUCAGAAAAUGAAAUCCAGCAAAUCUUUUAAACCUAAGGAAUCUUCUGCUGGCAGUGGCACCUGUAACAGCACCGGCAGCGUCAGUAGCAGCAGCGGCUCAGGAAAGAAGCGUAAAAACAGUUCCGCACUGCUAGCACCUUCUCAUUCCACAGAAUCCUUUAGGAAAAACUGUGUGGUUAACUCUGGAAACUCUGGGACCUCCUAUCAUCCAUCAGUGACAGCUUCGUCCCACAGCGUUGGCCUCAACUGUAUGACAAGCAAAGCUAACUCUGUUAGCCUCAAACAUGACCAAUCAGGGAGGGGUCCUCCGACUGGAAGCCCUGCAGAAUCGAUAAAGAGAAUGAGUGUGAUGAUGAACAGCAGCGACUCCACACUCUCCCUAGGGCCAUUUGUUCAUCAAUCCAGCGAGCUGACUGUAAAUUCACACAGCAGUUUUUCACAUUCGCAUACUUCCCUUGACAAAUUAAUAGGAAAGAAAAGAAAGUGCUCACCUGGUUCAAGCAGCAUAAACAGCAGCAGCAAAACAAAUAAAGUUGCCAAAUUGACAUCGGUGAACAAUGUUCAUGCAAAACACACUGGUGCAAUCCCAGGGACACAAGGACUGAUGAACAAUUCUCUUUUUCAUCAGCCAAAGGCACGUCCCUGAUAGCUGGAUGCACCACGGUGAGAAACAAACUGGACACUUUCCACUACAAGCAAAACCUCCAUCUGGAUUUCUGGACUCCAAGAUGCCUUGAGUUUUCCCAACUUCCCAUGGUCCUCAGGUGUGGAAAUCUACUGGACUGUCACU